AUGUUUGAUGCACCAAUUCAACCCAAUCUACCACCUUAUUUUACCCUACCACCACCGUUUGUCCCAAUAUUUGAUACACCACUGCCUAAUAUACCACCGGAGUUCACACCAGCACCGCCAGUAGUCCCGAUUUUCGAUGCACCAACACAACCAGAUAUACCACCAGUGUUUACUCCAGCACCACCACUUGUGCCGAUACUUGACACAACGCAGCCAAAUACACCCCCCAGAGUUUACACCAGCGGCACCACUGGUGUCAAUUUUUUAUCCCCCCCUAUGGUUCCUGAAAUACCUAAGAAUCCAGAGAAACUACAACCAUUCAGUGAGCCAGUGCAGCCAUUGACACCUACACUUCCUUUCUUACCUCCAGUUGAGCUUUCACCACCAUUUCUUGUGCCUCCCUCGAAUAACUGA